AUCGAGCUCGUUUUCAAACAAAUUCAAAACAAAAAUAUAAUUUGUUCUUCUUUCUUCUACAGAAAAAGUAUUCAAACUGAAUAACCAUCCAGUUGAGCAAAAUAAAGGAAUCAUGGAAGGCGAUAAUAUCGCUGUGUUAUUAGCGUCAACCCCAGGUAUGGAAGGAGUUCAGAUGGUUGAAGAGGGACCAAGGGUAUGUCCAUUAUGCUCAUCACCAAUUAAACUAUUCUUUAUAAACUACAAUGAGAAACUGCUAAUGUGUGAGAACACAGAAUGUGAAUUUCCUUUUGGUUAUGAAGAACUGCAGUUUGUGCAAGUGGAUAGUGCAGAUAACGAAACAGGGUCGAUUAAAAAGCGACAUUUCUUUUCAAACUCACGCACAUCAACUUCAGGUAUAUCUGUUACCGAUGUAGAUAAAUUAUACAAAGCAUACGAUUCAGACGACCAAUCGGAAACCUCCUCUAUCAAUAUGUUCUCAAAACCACCUCUAAAAUCGUAUAACAGAGACCACAGAAAAAUAGAGAAAGACAUGGAGGAUUUGAAAAAAAUUAACAAAGAAUUGGCUGAAUUGAACAGCGAAACGAAAAUUACAAAUAAAACGAUACACAAUCAAAGAAUGAUCAGGAAUUUGUACAAAUUGCAAGAACCGUCAGGUGUUAAGUUAUUGAAGCCACAGGAAUUGCAGAUUAUAAAGAAGAAAGAAGCAGCGAAACUGCAGGACGUUAAAAUAGAUAUUGAUAAAGGGAGUGAUAUAUCUGUUAUUAAAAUUGAGUUAAUUAGUACUGAGAAUAGUAAUGAAUGUGACGAUGAUGAUGGAAAGUAGUGAAUUGUUUAAUUAUUUAAUCGUCAAGUCUCAAUCAACUUAUUACAAAACAUAGACAAACUAUAAACCAGGUCUAAAAUAUAUCUAAACCAUAACAAAACAUGUUAUAGUGUUAAACCAUAGACAAGGACUUUAAACCUCUGUACUGAAGUUAAGCCAUGAAUAUAUAGUCUGCAUAUAAACCAAGUCUUUUUAAGUUUUGACACAGAAUACAUAAUAGUAGCUAAACGCUACAGAACGGACACUCUCCGCCUCCCGCCAAAAUUAAACACUUACCUCACCCCGCACGAUCACGCUAUAGAUGGCCCGCAUUUUUCCGUUAGGACAAUACGCAAUGAAGAUUGACAACAUUAAUGAAAUUGACUUAAAGUAAUUUUAUUAUUUUGGAUUUGUGAUUAUCGUUUUUCCUAGAAAAUGGUUAGAUAUUG